UAGGAAACCAAACUGUCUUCUAAAGAAGGCAAGUCACUAGGAUGAUGUUUAUGGAGUGAGACACUGCUGCCAAGGGUUGAUCUACAUAUCUGGGUUAGAACAACUAAAGAAGCAACUUGGAAGCACCUCACUUGCAUUCGAAUCCUAAACUGCUCUGAACUGCAAAAUGGAUGGAAUAGACACCUUGCAGAGCUCGGCCCCAGAGACCAAAGCUGAGCGAAUUGCCCGCUACAAAGCAGAGAGGAGGAGGGAGCUGGCUGAGCGCUACGGCAACACGGAAGAAUACUCCUCCAAAUAUGUCCGCAGGGACAGGAAAAUCGGCGACUCGACUGAAACAGUGUCUUCAUCAACCAAGGAGAAGGAAAAAUAUGAGGACAAUGGCUCAGAGCAAACAUACACCAGGAGGGGCCUCAGGAAUAAAGUUACAGAGCCCGAGAAGCACACUGAUGAGGAGCCCGCUCCAGAAAAAGAGGCUACCACUCACCUUAAAACAGACACAAUCUUAUCGUCUAAAUCAGAAGCUGUCACUUCCAUAAAGACGUCCUCUUGUCUCAGGCCGCUGGAAACCGAUGACACAGAGGAGCCGAAGGCUGACGAGAAGCCUGUUGACUCAGCCAAGAGGAGCAUAACUUCCAAGAUGUCUCUGUUGAAGGAUGUGGAGGAAACAGAGGAUGGAAGCAGCAGUCAAGGUGCCAACAACAAACAAAACUGCCAGCUAAUCAGCAGUGACGAAGAGGAAUCCUCUACCAGGCUUCCUAAAACUUGUAUAAGCAAGGAAAUGGAAGAGAAAGAGGCCACAGAUGAGUAUUCAUGGAAGGAGCAGCCUGAAUAUGAUACCACAGUGGAAGAAAAAAAGCCUGCCUCACUGCAGCGCCAGGACUCUGGGCCUCCAAGCAUCAAGGGAAUCCUAAAGAAAAGCCGCUCCACCAGUGUGGAAUCAGACCACAGCGAGGCCUCAACGCCUGAGAGCGCGCCAGCCCGACAAAGCAGCGUCACCCUCAGCCAUGCUGAGAGCGAGGAAGAAAUGGAUGAAGAGGAGCAGGAGGAGCAGGAGGAGCAGGAGGAGUUAGAGGAAGAGUUCAGCGGGGAAAAUGACAAAGAGGAUGAGUCAUUCACUGACGAUAUCACAGACGGAGGGAACUUCAGCAUGGACAGACAACAGAGGGAGGGCAGCAGCAGUGGGGGGAGUUUUGAGGAGAUGCGGAGUUUCUCGCCUGAUGAGAGCCUGGAGAAGACCUCCAUAGUAUCUGAGGAUGUUGAGGACCUGGACAGCAGUUUGGAUGGAAGCCAGGGUUCCUCUCUCAAACAGAGUCUUGCAGCGUUCAAUAGCGGAGAAAGUGAAAAGAAAGAUGGACUGAAAAGAUCCAAAAUACUCGGGGUGACCCCGACAAGGCUGGCUGAUCGCUUCAACCAGCUUCAAGACUCUGAAAAUGCCUGGAGGAAAAAGAAAUCCAAUGUCGAUGUGGAGCCCAAGAUGUCGCUGGCAGAUAGAAUGAAGAUCCUCAAGGAGAAGGAGGAGCAAUGGAAGAACAGAGGCAAAGGAGCCGCCAACGACUCUGUCCAGUUCACAGUAGCUGGACGCAUGGCCAAGAGGGGUCUUGUGACAGAUACAGGAAAGGAAGAGUCACCUCUUACCUUUCUCAAGAAGUCUAAUGCCACACCUGUGAAACCGCACGAAGAAAUCUCCAGUAGAACUGAUGUUAAGGUGGAAGGAGACAAACGACUCGACAAGCUUGAGUCCUUUCUAGACAAGCUUCACAAUAAAGGUGUGAGCAAAAGCAAAACAUCCACCAUCGAGGUGACAGCAGAGACGGAGAAAGAAGUGAUGACCCUGGAUGAUGAUGAGACAUUUGGCAGCUUCUACAAAUCAGCCUCACCCUUGAUACUGCAGGACUCCAGUGUGGUUUUGACUGAGGAGGACCUGAGCCAGAUCCAGGCCAAUACACCAAAGCUCACCUCAUCUGUAGCAGAGCACAAGCGUGCUGUGCGACCAGCCAGAAGGAAUCAAGGCUCCAGGAACCCUCUGCGAGCUUUGGCUGCCCGCAAUGAUAUUCGCCAGGUCUACACCGAACAGAGGCUUAACGUCGCCACAGUGGAGACCAAGAGGAUCCAAGUGGAGAGAAUGGCAAAACACUCAAAACACAACCUGGCCGAUGUAGCCUUGGCAGGCCUCGCCAGCAAAGAGAACUUCCGUAAGGUCAGCCUGCGCAGUGUGAAAUCCACCGAUGUUGUGACCAACAACAGUGCAGUGCCUUUCCACAAGCUUAUGCUUAUUCGCAUCAAAGGUCGGAGGCACAUCCAGGUGCGCUUGGUGGAGCCUACAGCCCACUCUCUAAACAGCGGUGACUGCUUCCUUCUCAUUACACCAAAGCAGUGUUUCAUGUGGAGCGGCGAGUUUGCCAACGUCAUUGAGAAAGCGAAGGCAUCAGAGAUGGCAGCGUUUGUUCAGGCCAAGAGGGACUUGGGCUGUAAAGCCCCUCAAGUGACUGUGCUGGAGGAAGGCAUCAACACUGAGAACAGAUGGGCCAAAGAGUUCUGGACUCUCCUGGGAGGAAAGACCCAGUAUAGAGGGGCAGGAGAGCCAGAGGAGGAUGAGCUCUAUGAGAGUGGGAUAGUAGACUCUAAUGGAGUGUACAGACUCGAAGGAGAAAAACUGGUGCCUCAUGAAGAUGCCUGGGCAUCCAUCCCGAGUGUCACUCUGCUCAACUCUAAAGAGGUAUUAGUGUUUGACUUUGGCAGUGAAGUGUAUGUAUGGCAUGGGAAAGACGUGCCCUUGGGUGACAGAAAAGUAGCCGUCAAACUGGGCAAGCAGCUCUACAGUGGCAGCUAUGACUACACGAACUGCAGAGUCAACCCUUUAGACGCCUCCUGCACAAACAAGGAUGUGCCUCAGCAAGGGGAGGGCCGUCCAAGCUGGUCUCUGUUUGGCCGGCUGUCAGAGCACAAUGAGACGUCCCUGUUCAGAGAGAAGUUCCUGGACUGGGCAGAGAGGAAAAAGGAAGAAGCAGCCCAAGUCGAGGAAAUCAAGAGCCCAGUCCACUCCAGUGUACGCUCCCCACUUGACUUGGAACUGCAGCCAUGCGAUGCCAAAGCCCUGCUGGAUAACGAGCUGGAGCCUGUGAAGUCCGUUCUGGAGGGGGUGGACGUCGAGCGGGGUCAUGGUCUGGUGCGGACAGAGGACAGAAGGCAGGCAGAGUUGACCACAGUAGCAGUAGAUGCCUGGCACAUCAAAGAGCACGGUGAGGAGGAACUGCCGAAAGAGAGCCUGGGCCAAUUACACGAGGGUGACGCCUACAUUAUCCGCUGGAAGUACUCCAUCACCACACUUGUGGGGAAGCGGCAGAAACCUGGGGAGCUGAGUGCCGGUGCUCCUGGAAGGGAGAGGACUGCUUGUUUUUUCUGGCAGGGCCGCCACUCCAGUAUCAGCGAGAAAGGAACUUCGGCUCUAAUGACAGUGGAGCUGGGCAACUUCAGGGGCUCACAGAUGUUGGUGAGUCAGGGGAAAGAACCUCCCUGCUUCCUCCAGCUCUUCCAGGGUGGUUUAAUCAUUCACAAGGGCAGUCGAGAGGACAGUGUCAAGAACGAGAGCUGGAAGUUGUUUUGUGUACGUGGUGAAGCAGAGGUGGAGGCCUUGCUGGUGGAGGUGGACUGCCAACGUGCCAGCCUGCGCUCUCGUGCCAGCCUGGUGCUGCUUAACACUCAGACAGGUCGUCUCUACUUGUGGCAUGGCUGUAAAGCACAUAUCAGCGCCAGGCAAGUGGCCAAAAGGGCUGUGGACAAACUAAGCCAGAGGUGUCCCUCAGAGUUGGGUCUGAGCAGCUCCAGCAGUGUGAAAGUUGAGGAGAUUGAUGAAGGAGCUGAACCUGCAGAGUUCUUGGAGGCUCUGGGUCAGCAAGACAAGAAGGCCUACGACUGUAUGCUGCAAGAUCCAGGGAAGUACAACUACACUCCGCGGCUGUUCCGGCUCAGUGCCAGCUCCGGAGUCUUUGAAGGGGAGGAGCAGCUGUAUCCUGCCAGGGUGAUAGAGGGAGUCAUGGCGAUGCCCUUCCUCCAGGAGAACCUGUACUCUGUACCGCAGCCAGCCUUGUUUCUGCUGGAUAACCGUAUGGAGGUGUACCUGUGGCAGGGCUGGCAGCCUGAAGACACGCAGUCUACCGGCUCAGCAAAGAUGCGCUGGGACAACGAGAGGAAAUGUGCCAUGGAGACUGUGAUGCAGUACUGCAAAGAAAAGAACCCUCGGCGCCCCCCUCAGGCCUACCUGGUCCUAGCAGGCUGUGAGCCGCUCACCUUUACCAACAUCUUCCCAUACUGGGAGAAGGAUGCCAGUGUGGCUUCAAAGGCCGAGGGCUCCAAGAAGGUGAUCUUAGUGAAGGAGGCGCUGUCUAAGCUCAGUAAACUGCAGUAUUCCAUCGAGGAGCUCACCAAGACACCGCUGCCUGAGGGAGUGGAUCCUCUACGCCUGGAGGAUUAUCUCUCUGAUGAAGACUUCAAGAAACUUUUUGAGAUGAGUCGGGUGGAGUUCAAAGCCCUGCCAAACUGGAAACAGAAGAAUCGGAAGAAAAGCAAGGGCCUGUUUUAAAACUCAUCUCUUUGUGUGCAGAUCUGCCUGUUUUUUUUUUGUUUUGUUUUGUUGUUGUUGUUCUCAGCCUUUCAUACUUUUUUGUAUUCCAGGAAAAAAAAAUAAAAAAAUCAUGUCCUCAUUUUGUAAAGGAUCAAAAUACAAUGUAAAAUUCUGUUCAAAUGUUGAAUCUAUUUUUAAUAACAAUGCCAUUUUUAAUGUUUCACUGUGUCAUUGGAUUAUUUUCGCCUUUAACUAUUAUGUGCAAUCUUUUGAUGGCGAGAUAUUUUCCUUAUAUGGUUAAAAUAGUUACCCUCACAUUAUAAAUAUGUAAUAUACUAUAAAUGAAUUUUUUUUAUGUUUACUCCAGACUGUCGAUUUUUGUGCGAGAAUAUGUUUGUAUAAAAAUUGGUGUGGUUUAAAACUGAGGGAGUUAUUGAUCGAUUUUUUUUCACAUUUUAUGCAAAAACCAGCUCUGUAAUGAGAUUCAACUGUUCAGCAAAGAUGUCUUGACUGACAAAAAAAAAGCGAAACCAAUCAAAUUUCAGAGAACAAUCCAAGUAAUUUGUGGUUGUUUGAUGGUGUCAAAGCAAGAUUGUGUACUAGACAUCUUCUGCUGUUAUAAUUGUGGCAGCAAACAUAUUCAGUUUUUAUCUUUUUUUAUUGUAACAGAG